UUUUUAACCUCUCAAUUGACAAUGAGCGAGGAUAGAAAGAUACAAGAACUUCGUAAUGAAGCUGAUAAGGUCACAGGCGAGUCCCUGGAAUCGACGAGGCGCAUGAAAGCGUUGGCCCUAGAAACGGAACAAGUUGGUGGUGCAACACUUAAAAAUUUAGGGGAUCAAGGGGAGCAAUUAAAUAGGAUUGAAAGAGGUUUGGAUAACAUCAAUCAAAAUGUCGCUGAAGCGGAAAGUGAGAUUGAGGAACUUGAAAAAUGUUGUGGAUGCUGUGUUUGUCCUUGGAACAAAUCAAAAAAAUUUAAAAAAAGAAAAUUUAAAGAAACUUCGAGCGUGCAACCGGAACGCGCACAGGAAGUGUCCCAUGGAAACCACGGAAAUAGCAUUUCCGAGCAACCCGAGAGGCCUGUGAUGAGGCGGAUAAUUGGGGACGCUCGUGAGGAUGAAAUGGAGGAAAAUUUAAACGAUAUCAGUGGAAUUGUAGGAAAUUUAAGAGCCCAGGCUCAGGAAAUGCACACCACUCUCAGUCAACACAACCAACAGCUGGAUAGAAUUGACGCAAAACUAUCGCACAAUGUGGAAAGGGUGGAAGCUGCGGGCACGCGUACUGCUCGGUUGCUAAAGUAAAAAGUUUUUCAAGAGGGCCGUGAUUGUAAAAGUAUAGUUGUAGUUGCUCUCACACAAGUU